AUGACUUUGUCUAUCAAAACCGGAGUGACUGUUUUGCUUCUUUUUGUAAGUAGUUAGUUAACACUGAGUUGAAAUGGACCAAACUUCGGUUUUGGAUGGCAAAAUCAAAGUCAUCGACCUUGUUGAGUGGGGCACUGUAAAAUCUGUCAAAUUUUGCGAAAGUUUGUCUACGCUUGUGUGAUGAGAGGCAAGGAAAGGAGAUGAAACACAAGUAGAGAAAUGAGGAACCAACGUUAACUUAUUUAGCUCACUUUUUGAGUUCGCGUCAUUUUGAGUGUUUUUAUUGUUUUUCUAGUUGGUUUUUAUUUCAUCAACCCUGGAACAGGAUCUUAAGACCAUUAAUGACAAAUUAAAACAGUUCUGUGAAAAGAACCCACAAAACUACAUUAAAGAUCCAGGUAAGCUUGCGGCGGAAAGUGCAACUUGUCAUAAUUUACAAAUUGCGACAGCAAUGCGAAUCUAAGGUCUUCAUCGGGUUAGCUUGUAACAUGCUCAUUCUUCUCUUAUCUUACCACCUCUUCAAUAGUUUUCAGAGGAUAAAAAGUGUUUCCUGCGUAGCCUCGAACCCAGAUGUCUAUCUUUGAGAGAAAAAAAAAACUAAGAAUAGGCGCACAAGGGAGGAAGCGAAUGCGGUUCUUGUUCCUUUCCAUUGUAUCACGCACUUCGCUCUAGUCACACCGGUUGGUAAGAGGAGCUAGUGUUCGUUGCUAGGCUUGUGCGCGCGAUGCAUUGAUCUUUCCCGCCAAACCGGAAGUAAACAGACAUUCACGAUUUGUGCUCACCUGAACGCGACGCUACUCCAUUGUAGUCAUCUCCGAAACUAAUCGUUCACGUUCCCCUGCAACUUUUUGGGCCCCUUUGAUACUUCUGAGAGGAAGGGGCACAUUGAGAAUACCACUAUCCUCCCUAAAAACGCAGCAUCAUGACCCACGGCCUUAACUUAAUCUUUUUAUUUGGAAAUCCUGCGGACUAUUCAACAAAUAACCAUGGCUCUCAAUAACUGACACUUUCGAUUUUUUUUAAAGGUGUUGUGAAGUGCAAAUUACUUUAUGAUGUUGCUUGCUGGAAGGAGACUCUUGCAGGCCAAACAGCUGUACAACCCUGUCCUUUCCUACUGUUUUCGACAAAAGGUAAACGCAAGAAUCACUAUUUGAAUUCGAUUCCUUCACUCGAAUACCCUGAUUCUUGUUGAUUAGCGGCUUUUGAAAGUGAUAUACCGUUUCCCCAUUCACUUACGUUUUAAAACUUGAAAUAUAUGGCAUCCUUCAGCGUUGUUUCUUUAACUCCCCCAAAAGAUGCUUCUCAACUCAGUCAUCAAACCGAUAUGCUUCCGUACGGACGAUACAGUAUAUCCUAAAAAUCUGAAAAUGUUGGUUAACUCUUUCAGAUAAUAUUUCUCGCCGUUGUGAUAAGGAGGGUAACUGGCAAGAGAUGAACAUAACAAAAUGUCACAGACUUACACCAAAGGAAGCAGCUGAUAAAGGAAGGCAGGCAUCUAACACACCAACGAAGAAACAGGUAAACGAAAAAAGAAAAAUCUUUUUACAUAUAACGCACAUAUCAAGAAAUAAUCAAUGGAACAAGCAAUCUUUGAAUGGUUCAUUUGAACUCUCGAACUUCAGUCACAUAUUAUCGUCAUUUCGAGAGAAAAUAUUCGUCUCGAAGAAAAAAGAAAACUCUUCAACAUGUCGCCUUCUCUCACUUCUCACGAAUACCGAGUGCAACCCUGACUUAACUAUCCAUACGAACUUGAAAUUAAUGGCUCGAUUUGUUUAUUUAUUUAUUUUGCUUCUUUUGUUUCUUUCAUAGGAUGACUCUCUUACUCAUGCUCAGCGUGUGCAGCGGUUGUAUAUCGCUCUCUCUUGGAUCGAAUUUUUUGUCCUGCUGCCAGUAUUCAUACUGAUCUGCAUCGUCAUGUAAGUGGAUCUUUAAUGUCCUUUAAUUCCAUGUAAGGUGAUGGUCGCAAGAAAACCUUACUAAACGUCAAAAUGGUUUUCUUGUCUUCGAAAGUAGGCCUAAACAUCUAAUUUAUGAAACAGUUUGCACGAAGAAAGAAAUAUGAAAAGGAGGUAUUUUGUGCACCCACUUUUAGGUUUUUCCUCCACUGACAGUCACCCCUUACUUGAAAAAAAUAAUCUACUCGUCUAAGAGAUCGAUGUCUAAUUUUACAUCAACAGGGGCCGUGAAAAUGAUCGAUUUAUUUUGCAUAAUCAUCUUAUCUUGGCGUUUAUUCUUCGCAUCAUCACUCUAUUCAUUUAUCACUAUGGGAAAAUGGGAGAGACAGAUUCGAACACGGUAAGACUCCUUCAUUUUCUCCUACUUUCAUCAUUUUUAAAAUCGACUUUCAAAUCUUGCAACGCCUCUUCUCAUUCCCCAUCCCUCCAGGGAUAUGAAUUUUUAACAAGGGAAAUCUGGCAAAAUUGAUUUAUUUUGCGAUCUUGAUAAGCCAGUCUUCCAUCGAGGAGGAAGUACGGGUUUCCUAAGUUAUUUAAUAUGCUACGCAACAUCUGGAACAAGUUUCCCAGUGCGAGCAAGUCUCAUAUGCAGAUUAUACUUUUAAUCUUUUAAGAGUGAUCUUUAUGCCUUCCUUCAUACAGGCCGUUUGCAAUGCAUUCUGGUUAUUGAACCGCUACUUUGCGGCUUCGGAGAUAACGUGGAUGCUCAAUGAAGGGGUUUUUCUAUUGCGCAUGCUCGCGUAUCCCUUUGACAGCGAGUCAUAUCUAUGGUACUAUUAUGUCUUCGGUUGGGGUAAGUUUGGUCAAAUCAAGGCAUAAACUACACUUUUUCUAAGUAACAGUUCGAAAUUUUCAUCCAUUUCCAGUUUAGAAAUAGGGAAACCUUCCAAAAGUAAUGCCCGGAAAAGAUUACAAUGAUGAUUCAAAUGGGUAUAAACCCGUGUGAUAUAUACAUGGUAAAUCGAAUUGUUAACCUACUCACUCGCAGAAUUAUUAAUUUUUAAUUAUUAAUUGUUCAUUUCCUACUUUUCGCACACUUUUUUCAUCUCUUCAUCAAUUCAACGCAAUUCACUUUUUGUUUCGCGUGGUUGAAAAAUUUUCCAGAAUAGCAUAACAAAUGCUAUGUUCUUACCAUUUUGCAAGUUUUUAGAACAACACUGUUUUAUAUUCGUUUCGUCUUUCCUAUAUAACAGGUUUUUCCGGUUUUCUGACGUUCUGUGUGUACCUUCCAUACAUGCAGUUUAAGAUUUCAAGAGUUUUUUCAAGGUCAGCUACAUUUCUGCGCUUGUUUGUUUAUUUUGUUGUUGUUGUUGUUGUUUUUCUUAUUCGUAGCCUUGUAUUUUUUUUUCAUUGAAAAUUCAUCGUAAAUUUUUUCAUUUUCUUCAUUUAGGUCGGGUGCGUAUAUCUCAACUUUCUCGUAAAUUAUCUGACCCAUCUAUCUCUACUGAUUUUGUUUCAGUUGUUGGGUGAGACACAGUCAGUCAGAGCACAUGCUGGUGUUGUAUGUUCCAUUAUCCAUCAUGCUGCUGGUAAGAAGAAAAAGCUGUCAAAUAUAUGCCAUUUCCCACUAGGGAGGGAUGGAUCCUCGGCUCAGUCCCUGAGAUCCCAAAUCAGAACUGUGGCUAUCCUCCUUCUUUAGGAAACGAAUACUUUAAAACUUACAGGCCGUCGUAAUCCCUCCUUAAUCCUAAUCAGAAAAUCAGUUGAUGCUUUGAAUUUCUGCGGCUUUGUUCUCUUUCACAGAUCAACUGUGGAGUUGCAGUCUACGUAAUUCGAAUGCUCACUAAAAAACUCAAGAACUCUCAUUCAUCACAAAUGAAUGCUAUCAAGUGAGUAUCUUAGGAAAAUAUGUGACAUGUGACUGCAUAGAUUCAAAUUUAAAAAAAUUUAGUUUAUUCACAUCCGAAACUAGUCUCCUUCGCUCCUUUUUUUUUUUAUUUUUUUUUUUAAUGUCAUAAAACCGCUGCGUGACAUACCAAAGAAUGGCUGUGAAGGAGACUGAUAAAAAACAUGUGUUUUCCCGAUUGAUGUUUCUUUAAUCUUCCGCUUGCACCAAUAGGAAAAGUUCCAAGGCGCUGGUGGUUCUGGUAUCACUCCUGGGAGUAAUCUACCUUCUCGUUUUCUAUCAGCCAGGGAACAAUCCUUCUUACGAUUAUUUCGUGACUGUUGCUUAUCCCUUCCAGGUACGUUUAACUUUAAUGCUAAAUAAAAAUAUUAUUUUGCUAUUUAGCACCAAACAGAACUUAUAUUUGCAUCAGGUAAGAUUCAGUUUUUUCCCUCAAAUGACAAAUAUUCAAUGCUGACUUUUCUUCCUCUCGAUCCAUGAAACUUUGCCAAUACCCAGCCAUAUUAACCACGCGCUUGGUGAAUAACACACAUAUAUUCAUGUAAGACAAAGAAGGCUUCUGCACUGAGUAAUUAAUUAAACUGUUCGUCAGAGAAUAAGUGCCCAUUACUUAUGAAUCCAUUUUUAUAUUUUUUCUCUUUCUAGGGAAUCAUGGUUUGCAUAUUUUGUGUUUUUCUGAGCGAGGAGUUUCGUGAAGCGCUCAAACGACGCUGGAUGAAAUGGAGAUACGGAAUACUUAUAGAAACGGUAGGUUGUAAUACCUCGUCUUUAACAUGCAUUACGGACGUAUGAUUUUCCUAAGAAAUUUUGGUUAAGACUACCUUAGGGACCAGUCUUUAUUUGCCGACUGCGGGGGGAGGGGGUGGAGGAUUCUGAGAGAUCACAUGAUUUUCAGGCGGGAAUGGAAUGGGGACAGUCAUAGCCAACAGAGCAUAAAAGGGAUACUAUUAAAUUGACUGCCAGUAUAUUAACUGUCAAUGAGGGGAAUGGGGUGGUUAUAAAAAUAUUAAAGAGCCUGAGAGCCGUGGAUUAGGUGAAUUUUAUCGCGACACAACCAAAUCCUCUAGCUCCCACUCCCCACCCCUCCCCUCCACCAGACGAUAAAUAGAAGCCGGCCCCCUCUGCCUACCUGAGCUCAGUGGCAGAUACCGAUAUUGUUGGAUCCAACAUAUAGACUAGGGACGAGAGAAACAAUAACGUUAACUAUCUUAGCAUGCCUGGAAAUAUGAAAUUUAUUUUGGGGCUUUUUGGAAUACCUCAACUUCUUCCAAAAUGACCCAAAGUUUAAAAAACGUAGCCUUCGGAAAAAAUCGAACGAAGGAGAGUUUGUUUUCGUCCACUGAGUAAAUAAUACAUUAAACUGGAGUUCCUCAUGGGUCUCUUUUUUUUAAUCCACUAAAUCCCAGAAUCCAUACUCCGCAAACGCGGGAAAUGAGGAAGAGCCUGGCCCAUCUUAUGAACCGGAAAGAGCAAGAAGUACGACAAGAACAGAGUCCUCAGUGGAAGUACCUCCUAGAGCUCUUUCAAUUGCAUCUUUGCGACAGCCAACAAGGUAUUAAACUUCCGCUAUAGUUUCCCUGUAAAAAAAAAAUAGUGAAACCGUAUUUUCCUCGCCAACUAACAAUUCACAAUAUUUUCAGGGACCAGCUUCCCAAUGAACAUCCUCGUAAGCAAAGCACAGAGAGAUCUUUAUUGUCUCGCUCGAGUGAUCUCACAAAAUUUCGCCUUGCCAAGGUCGAACCGGAGCCAAUCGUGCCUGUAAGGAUACAGUCAGCAGGUCCAAGGGAUUGGUGCCCACCAACGCUACAAGCAGUGAAAGCCUGGGCAGAAGUUGAGUCUUCAGAGGUAGGAACAGGACUGGAAGUUUGUGUCAAUCCUUUUGCUAACUGGAAGGAUUAUCAUUCUUAAAUUCUUCCCCUAAUUAUUAGGUUUGCCUUUCAUGAGGCAUUCGAAAUUACUUCACGAACUGAAUCCUAAAAAAAAAUUUAAAACAUUAUCUGACACAACGUUCCUGUUUAUGUGUUUAUCUUUGUUUUAUCUUUAGAAACCUGACACAACAGAUCAAGGUCAUUCAAAUGAAGGUUUUUUUGGUAGUAAGGUUUCCCUCAGUAGCAACGUCUCUCGUGAUCCGCCAAAACCAGCUGCAACGGAAGUGGUGGGGUCCAACGCACUUCUAUCUCAACAUGAAUUGAAAUCAGAAACAAAGGAUUCCGAAGAACUUGAACAGACUGACCAACCUGACGAUGCUACUCAGAGCGACCCAACUAAAGUUUCAACGCCACAACAAACAGAAGACCAGUUUUUGGUGACUUCAAGUCAGGAGUUUGAUAAUGACGAUGCUACACAGGAUGACCCAACAAAAGUUUCAACGCCACAACAAACAGAAGAUGAGUUUUUGGUGACUUCAAGUCAGGAGUUUGAUAAUGACUCUCUAGCCUCGAUGGCGCUACCAGAAAUGGGGCUUGCUCUGGAGAGUGAAAUGUUGACAGCUAGAGUAGGCGCAAGUGUUUCUCAAGAUGCUCAACCGUCAACAGGCAAUGAAGAAUUAAAUGAUUCUGUUCAAGGAAUGACUUUUUGGAGGAAGGCGCGACAACUAGCUUCCCGAAGAAGGAGAUCGCGAAUUGAACACAACAAAGUGAUAUCUACAGAGGGUGGUAAGAUCAGCCUCUCUUCGGAGAGGAGUCGUUUACUUUGUAGAGUCCACAACGAGCGUCUCUUUUUGUGCGUACUCAGGGGACGAACGCGGGAAUCACGCGCAACCCCUCGCACGUCACUCGCCCAGCGCGCCACUUCCGCCUUAUUCUUUCGUGAACGGUGUAUCAUCUCCACCCUGAUCAGUUGUAGCAGUCCGUCACUACAAUCGACGCAGGACUUGCUAGAUGGUUUGAAAAAAAAUAGUACUAACUCACAGAGAAUAGUGAUGAAAUUUCCAGUUUGUUGUUCGAAGCGUCAAAUGAGCUUUGAACAGCUCAACAAGUGCUCGUUCUACUGGUGGUUAAUGCGUUUUGAAAUUGAGUUGCCUGGCCUGAAAUAUUAAAAGCGGACUGGUAAAUAACUUGACUGGUGAAUAACGUGUUACUAAUUUUGAAUAAUUCUUUCUAAGGUUCAUUAGAGUUCCAUUCAUCGCACGCAGAUAGAUUCAAACAAGCUGAGGAGUAUCGCUUAGCGUGGAUCUCAAGUAUUCUUCAAGGGAAUAAAACACGCGGUAUGUUCUAAACGCAGAGAAAGAGGUGACCGUGUCCAGAGGCCUGGGUUCGAGACCUGGCUAUGUCAUUGUGUUGUUCUCUAUUGGGCAUGACUCAUCACUCUCAUUCCACAUCCAACCAAUUUUAACUGGUUUUAGUUCGGCUGAGAAUUAGACUACUCUACAUCACUAUCGAGGGCAUACCCUAAUGGAAAUCCCUUCCACCUUUCUGAGCUUGCAAUGUAGAGUUAGAUCGCGUUUACAAGCUUGUGGUCACCUACUGAGCCACCAUGUUUGAUCUUUGGUUAGAGGAUAUUGAGUUGGGAAAAGCGUGAAAAGCGUAUUUGUCAUGUACUUAGCAUGGUAUAGGAAUCCUCAGAAACAUAAAGAAUGAAAGAAAUUCUCUCCUCCAGCUGUCAUAGAUUUACCGGUAGAAAUAAAUUAAUUAAAAGAAAGUAAAAACAACACUUCAACAUUUAAUUGUGAUUUUCUUUUGUACUUACAGAAGACGAAAGUGAUGUGUAAAUGUUAUUUGCAAGAAACCACCCUCUUUCGAUUAUAAAGCAUGACAGUGUGACAGCGUGACAGUGCCACGAAGCAAGAGUGUUAAAGUAUGCUACAAAACGGAUUUGUUUCAUUCUGAUAUGAAAUCCUCAUUCGUUUACUAAGAUAAUGUGUCGAAGACUCUGUAUACAUAAAUAAUGAACGAAAAAGUAUUUAUUAAUAGUUUGUCAAUUUUUUAAGAAAUCGUUAUUUAAUUUUCUUUACUUCCUCCAUCAUAUUGUGCCCUACAUUUAGAGCUGAAGGUAUCCAUUUUUAAAGACAAUUUGUCAGUCAAAGCAGACAGGGUGAAAUGCUUGUAAUUUGACCGACUGUUGUUUUUCUCAAGAGUUUGAGGUAACUGCGUUUUAUUACACAGCAGUGUCUGUGUGAAUUGGUAAGCUGUGACCAAAACAUAGAAAAUGCUUUGAAUUACUAUUGAUAGCGGCUUUUGAUUGGGUGUCGAAAGUAUCACGGACUUACUUUGGCUUUACUUUCCUUCGCUUUGUGAUUGGUUCAAAAAAAAUUCGCACCACCCUCUUAACCAAUUAGAUGUGCUAAAUUAAAACCAAUCGGGACUUUGUUUCUCGUGUUUUCCCGCUCUUGGCGCUGGGUGUGUGGGUGUCACUUAGACUUGUAAUUGGCUUAUUGAGUUUACUUUUUGUUGCACGGCACUCAAUCAAAUGGCGCUCUAUGGAAUCGGAUUAAAUAUUUUAAAAGGAGGUGAUUAAUACUUCCAGCAGAUUUAUGCUCCGCCACUUUCUAUAGUGAGAGAAAUGUGUGUCUUACGUACAGUCAAAACAGUUUAAAAUUAUGUUAUCUAUACCCCGAAAUCAGAUAUAUGAAUAAAGAAACAUGUAACAAAUGUAAAUGCUUCUCUGCUUGGUUCCGCGUUUGUGGUAAAACAUGCCACCAUGUUUAAAAAUUCGAAAUUAUUAAAAUUUAGCACUUUGGAAAAAAAUACAAGGUUUUACAAUGAAUUAAUUGAAGAUAACUUCAGUUAAGUUUUUUCAACCUCAGUAGCGAUGUUCUUGAGUCAAUAUCAAGGAUUUAUUUAUCGCAAAAACAGAAGCCAUUAAUUUCAUUUGUAAUAAUUAAUUAUCUCUAAUCAACCAGCUUUUCACCGAGUAACAGACAGGCGAAUAAUUUUCAUGAUCAGAGAAAUGUGCCUUUUCGAAUAGUCUAUUUUACAGCUGUGUGUUUGGUUGCCAAGCCUUUGAACAGGAGUGAGGCUAAGGUUGACCCUGUUAUGAUACAAACUUUGCUGCUUUUUAAAUAUAAAUUACUUUGU